AUGGCAAAUAACGCUGCUAGUUGUGCUGAUAGGGCUACAAAUGAUAUGCUGAUUGGGCACGAGCAUCAUGUUCUCGCAGUUGCAUGGUCACCAGAUGCAAACUGUCUUGUGAGCGGAGCUUUUGACCACACUAGACAAGUAACAUGUUCAGAUGAAGAGAUGGAAAAGCCUGAUUCUGAUCCUCUCCCUAUAUGUUUAGUGUCUGGUUCUGAUGAUUUUACGAUAAUCCUUUGGGAACCAUCUGUUAGCUUACAACCUAAACAAAAAAUGGUUACUACAGCCAGGUUGACUGGUCAUCAACAGGAGCAAUUGGAGCAAAACCGCACAAGGGAAAGGUUACAAGAAUUGCUGAAGGCAUAUGAAGCAGCAGCAAAAGUUGUCAGAAAUGCCUUUGCUUCUGCAUCAGCUAACAACACCAAGAAAUUUAGCCUUCCAAAGGGAGAAUUUUGCCACAACAUGCUUUCGCAGCAGAUGACUAUAAUUAACGUAGUGGCUGUGAACGAGGAUGGUGUAAUGUUGACUGGAGGGUCACUGGAGAGUGAAGCGGGUAUAUAUGCAGCGUGUUAUGAUCAGACAUGUUCGAGAUUGGUAACAUGUGAAGCUGAUAAGACGAUAAAGAUGUUGAACGAAGAUGAGAAUGCAAACUAG